AUGCGCAAGUCCUCGUGGGCCGAGGCCGUGUUUGAAGCGACCUUCACUCGUUCUCUGACACACAAAGCAAAGUCAAUCGACGAUUUGAUUAGGCAAUACCUAGUUCCCGAGAUACGCGUCGAAAUAAUACAGUUCUACGGUUCGUUGGAAAGUAUCGAAGCACGAUACCCCGGGCUGGACUAUUCUUAUCCACCACAUCGUAUGCGACUGAGCCGGUUUCAAUGGCAUCGCAGGUUAUUCCAAGUAUUUGAUCGAUUCAACCUGAGUGAGUUGGAGAUCAACAAGCUAUGCCAGUGGGAGGGUACCAAGUACGCGCGACAACUGUACGAGGCAGAGGAAGGCAUUAGAGUGCGGGACACCACUGCCCAGUCCAUCCGACCAGCAUCACCGCCGCCUUCUCCGUCUAUCGAGAUUCACCAUGUCAGCAAUGUUGAACGGAUGUUAGAUCACAAUUUAAUGUCUCAGGCCGACGAGCCCAUCCAUCUACACACUCAGCGUGCUUCACGCGCUGAUCGCUGGGAGGCUAAAAGAAAAUUCAGCAACAAACGCAAUAGGAGACGGCAGACCACACUGAACGACCGGCUGCUCGCAAUAGCAGUACGGAACCAGGGCCCUGACUUGCAAAGCGAAAGCUGUGGUAUGGCGACUGCUUCGGCGUUUCGGGCUGUGUGGUAG